UCUCCUCUAUCCUCUCACAACUCACAAACAAGUCAUCUCCUUCAUUUCCCACCUGAGAAACUAGCUCCCCCACGAAAGAGCUUCGGUCUUUGUUUCUUUUUGUAUCUGUGUUUGUGCCUAGUUGCUAAGCCUUGUUCUGAUUAGUCUUGAGUAGGUGUUUGGUUUCAACUUUUCUCGGUGAGAUCUGAUCGUAGCCGGUGGUGGUUAAUAGUUGAUUAGUUGGCUGUUUUCUUGAGAUUUGUUAGGGUUUAGUGAUGAAGAGAGGGAAAGAAGAAGAGAAGAGAUUGGAACCGAUGUUCCCUAGGCUACAUGUGAAGGAUGCAGAGAAAGGAGGGCCAAGAGCUCCUCCAAGAAACAAGAUGGCUCUCUAUGAGCAACUCAGCAUCCCUUCUCAGAGGUUUACUAGUAGUGAUCGUGUUGGGGGGUCUUUGCCCCCUAACACCUCCCCUUUGCUUCCUCCUGGACCAUCAUCUAACCAGGGAACUGAUAACUUUGUCACGCAAAUGCCCUUGAUGGAAAAUGUGCGGACUACUUCAGCACAGCAUGAUCAUCAGAGGAAAAUAGCUAGAGAGGAAGAUGAUUUCGCUGUUCCUGUAUUUAUUAACUCUAGAAGACCUGGCAGAGGCAAGAGUGGCUUAAAGCGAGGUGUUGGCUUGGCAGCUAACUCAGCUACUGAGGAUAUGGAUCUUGCAUCGACUAGUGACCGAGUAGAUGAUGGACGCAUUAAUAAUGGAGUUGAGUCUCACAUGGAGGCAUCGGAAGAAGAAGGUCAUGGUAAUCUUAAUGAUGAGUACUGUACAAGUGGAGGAGGAGGAUACACCUCUCUGCAACAAGAGAUAAAUAAUGAAGAGGAGGCGAGUGAUGAUAAUUCGAUGGUGGAUUCUGUUUCCAGCUUAGAUGUCUCUCCUGAUGAGGUUGUGGGAGUUUUGGGUCAAAAACGUUUCUGGAGAGCAAGGAAAGCUAUUGCCAAGGAGGGACAUUCGUACAUAGUGCAAGGUGCCUGCCGAGACAGUUUAUGGAUUUUAUACUGUGUCUUCUUAGCAUCUGCUUGUUGGAACAUGUCCCCUGUCUCGGUUUGGUAUUGUCAACAAAGAGUAUUUGCUGUUCAACUGUUUGAGCUGCACAGGCUGAUUAAGGUACAAAGACUAAUUGCUGCAUCACCGGAUGUUUUGGUCGAUGACAUGAGUUAUGUUGGAAAAGUUGCUGCUAAAAGCUAUCCAGUGAAGAAGCUCCACCUUCCAUCAGGGUUUUUAGUAAAGCCUCCUCUACCACAGGUUAUCAAACACAGAAGCAGCGACUACUCGGAGAAGACUGACCAACAUAAAAUGGAAUGCUCAGCUGAGAACGUAGUUGGGAGGCUGCCAAACCAAGGUCAAGGUCAUCAUCAUCAACAACCUUCCAACUACAUGAUGCCUUUUGCGACCAACCAACCCAAUGCAAAUGGAUGUUACUAUCCCCCUCAGCCUCCUCCUCCUUCGGGAGGUAACCAGCAAUGGUUGAUCCCUGUAAUGUCUCCUUCCGAAGGGCUGAUAUACAAGCCGCACCCAGGUCCAGGUCCGGGGCACACAGGGCUGGUCUGUGGAGGGUAUUAUGGUCAUUUCAUGCCUGCACCAAUGUUCAUGGGUGGUGGUGGUGGUCAGCCUCCUCCGUUUCACCCGGGCAUGGGAUUCCCAUCUCAUGGUAAUGGCUACUUUCCUCCAUAUGGUGGUAUCAUGAUGAACCCUUACUAUUCCGGACAACAACAACAACAACAACCCAAUGAACAAAUGAACAACAACAUCCAACAACAGAGCUCAGUGAAUGAAGCGACUUCACAACAACAACAACAGCCAACGAAAUCUUAUCCUCGGGCUAAAAAGAGCAGGCAAGAGGGAAUCUCUGGUAAGAAGAAGUCCUUUCAACCAUUCUCAGCGGUUGAUGAUGAUGAUGAUGAUGAUAAUGACAAGAUCAACAAUGCUGCACCACCUACUGAGGAAAUGAUGACGACAACCACAACCACGACAACAACUGUUACUCAGACAACGAGAGAUGGAGCAGGAGUGACGAGAGUGAUCAAGGUGGUUCCGCACAAUGCCAAUCUGGCGAGUGAGAACGCUGCAAGAAUUUUCCGGUCAAUACAAGAAGAGCGUAAACAGUACUACCCUUGAGCCUCUCUCUCUUUUCUUCUUCAUUGUGUUGUUAUGCAUUGGAGCAGUGUGAUACAUGUUAUUCUCCAAAAUUUGUAUAAUAAUAUAUAAACGUAUGGAAGCUUGGAUGUCAUCACUCAAUUCAUAUCCUAAUAUUAAAAGCCUUGUAAACAUUUUGGAACACAUACGUUUUUGUUCACCCUCUUGUAAUAGAUUCUAUGAAUAAAAGGAAACUUGCAAUC